AUGGAAGCAUUCCUGGACAAUCCAGCCCACCUCGGCCGAUACAGUGGGCCAGUGAGGGGGAAGGAGUCCGGCCCGUACCUUUUCGACGAGGAGGCUUUGCGCGGGAAGCAGCACCUGGCACUGGCCCCUCCUACAGGCCGCUUCGGAGGGCCGUUGUGGUACAACUCGCUUUACUGGCCGAACUUCCCUCCUCUGGGCUUCUUGAGCGACGACAGUGACCUGGAUUUUCAAGAGAGCCUGCGUGCUGCCAACCCCGACGGUCCGUUAGCUGACCAGUACGUCACCUUUGGUGCUGCGAGAGAGCAUCUGUGUCAGCAUGGGCGCAUGCCACAGGAGCCCAUGACACUCAUGGUGGAGGUCAUGCAGUACGAUGGAGUAUACGACAAUGGUUGGCACUUCCCAUUGCAGGACUUCAUCCCAAAGCGAGGGCACCACACCCCGUACGAUGUCCAGUCGCGAAGGGGCUUUGAGAACGGCGCAAUGGCUCUUGGCCUCAAUGCCGAGGACUUCUCAGACUCUGUGCUGCCCGUCAGUGACCUCCCUGCAGUUGUCACGGUCACCGCAGAGCCCCCAAGAACUCGGCUGCGAGCUGUUGAAGGCCACCAGUUCGCUCUGCUCAGCAUCGGAGGCUGGCCCUUCCGGAUUCGGCGCGUCGGAACGUUUGAAGGUUUGGGACAUGGUGGGCGGCUUGAGCUGCAGUUGGGCAGUGGAGAAUUCAGUGAAGAGGUCCUCUGGCAGCUCCUGGAAGGCGGGAAGACUGCAUCUGGAGGCCACCUGGAGGAGGUCUGUGCAAGAAGCGGAUGCAAGUACUGGUGCCAACUUUACGAUCUGGACUGGCUGGGGCCGAAGAGGGAUGAGCACCUUGCCAUAGAUCCGGAAAUUCCCCUGCAAAAGGGCUAUGUGUGGUUCCGCGUGCUGGAGAGAACCGAACUUCCCGAGACGGGGCGCCGUGCUGUAAGGGUGCAGCUCCUGGAGGAUGGCGUUGUCCCUGCGUGGUUGGACCUCCGCUACCUCCAGGUUUGGGCUGGCGACAUGCCGCUGGGCUAUUUGAACAAGGUCUUCGGCGAUGAGGUGCUGGGACGUGCUCGGGUGCUGCGCACUCUUCAGGACGGUGCCGACGAUCGAGGAGUACGUGAGGUACACAUCCGAAAUGCCUGGAGCAACCUGGUGUUCAAGGACCCUCUCUGCUCCGAAGGGAACGACCUCGUGGAUCUGGGCUGGGCGUUGCAUGGAAUCGGCUACCGGCCUCACGGCCAAGACAACUGCCGGAAGUUAGGGUUCCUGCUCAUCCAUGUGAUGGCCACGCAUGGUUACAUCGCAUCCUUCAGGAGCGUCGCUUCGAUUGCGCAUGUUCUGAGCCCGCAGAUGGCCCUCAGUGCAGAGCCCGCGCCUCCCAAGAAGCCUGGUUCCGCCUACAUGUUGUGGUUGAAAGAGAACCGGGCGCGCAUCGCUGGAUCUCUAGGAGAGGACGGCAAGAAGGUGACGCUGGUCUCCAAGGCUGCUGGUGCAGAGUGGAAGACGCUGUCCGACAAGGUCAAGAAGCCAUUCGUGGACAUGGCUGCCAAGCUUAAGGCGGACUUCCUGGCUGAGAAGGAAGCCUUCGAAAAGCAAGGGGGUGUCAUGCCAGCGAGGAAAAGCAAAAAGGCUGCUGCAAAGGCUGCGAAGACGAAGGACCCAAGUCUACCCAAGCGUCCCCACAACGCCUACAUGCUGUGGCUGCAAGACCACAGGAAGGAAAUCACAGAUGCGCUGGGGCCGGGGCACCAGCCAAAGCAGGUGAUGGUUGAAGCUGGGAAGAGGUGGAGAAUGUGUUCGGAUGCCGAGAAAGGCCCUUACGUGGCACAGGCAUCUGAACUGAAGCAGGCUUACAACAAGCAGAGGCAAGGACAUGUCAAACUUUAA